GAUAACUUUUAACAUGAUCUAUAGGUUGUGUUCGUUGACGAAUAAAAAUGGGGUCGUGCCAGCAGUCCCGCUGAUAAAUUUGAUGUCUAUCGAUGUUAGACACAAAAUCGGCCCCAGCAUGGAAGCGACUCCUGCAGAUCAGCGAAAUGUGGAGAUAAAGGCACGGAUUCCUGGCGGAAGUGAGGAUUUUGCCCGCCGCCUGGACAUCGCCAAGAAGCUGACUGGCAGUCAGACAGGAGAGCUCAUCGUCCAGCGCGAUGUGUUCUUCGAAUCGCCGCUGGGCGGGCGUCUCAAGCUGCGGUACUUGCAGCCCCCGUCGCGCUCCCAGUUGGUCUACUACGAUCGACCCGAUGUGGCCGGUCCUAAGCUGUCCUGUUUCAACAAGAUUGAAGUGGACGAGCCUGCUGUGCUGGAGAAGAUUCUGGGCCGGACGAACGGCAUCUUAGGCCAGUUGGAGAAAAAGCGCCAUUUGUUCAUCCAUGAGCAGACGCGUAUCCACCUGGACGAGGUACAAGACCUAGGUCACUUUAUGGAGUUCGAGGUCUGUCUGAGACCGGAACAGACUCUGGAGGAGGGCCAGACCAUUGCCGAGCAGCUCGCGAAGACUUUUGACAUUCUUAAGGCGGAUCUAAUGACCGGCUCCUACUUCGAUGCCCUGCGCGAUGGACACUGAAAACGCUUGACUGCGUUUUUUAUAAUUCCUUGCAAAAACAAAGUAAAACUCAGGUCUGGACACGGAUAUUUACAAAAGAA